AUGAAGAAAUGUCUCUGUUGCGGUAGUUCCAAGUAUCAGAUCGCAGCCUGUCUUGUUAAACUCCGUGAAGGGAAUGAGAGUGUGCAGCUAGAAAAGUUAAACUCUAAACAACCUAUUACCAGUGGGAGUAGACCAAAAGCUUCUAUUAGGGUUUUUGCCUUAAACCAUCAGCGAGCCCCUGAAUCAUCUGAGGUACUGGAAGAUACGAUCCUUAUAUUCCACCGCUUAACUAAGCUUUUAAUUGACCCUGGGACAACUCAUUCUUUUGUGAAUCCUACCUUCAUGUGUAGUAUUGAUAUAAGUCCUGUUAAAUUACCCUAUGACUUGGAGGUUAGAACACCUACUGGGGAUCAAAACCUAAUUACUAACAAGGUUUACAAAAAUUGUGAGAUUUGGGUAGGAGAACGGAAAUUGGUGGUAAACUUGAUCAGUUUAAAUCUCAAGGAGUAUGAUAUGAUUAUAGGCAUAGAUUGGUUAGCUUGUUAUAAUGUUCAGUUGAACUGCAAGACUAAAGUGGUGGAGUUCUCUAUACUUGGAGAGGCAACUCUAAGAUUGGAUGUGAGAGAUAGAUUAGCCUCGUCUGCACUUGUUUUGGGAAUUUGA